AAAAUCUAGUACCUAUUAUAAUAACUGUUUCUCACAAAAACAAAUUAACUCUUGACUAGUCAUCCUAACUAUUAACAAAAAGUAAGAGUAAUUUCGUCACAAAACCCUCUCGGAAUCCGUGAAAGUACCCCUUAGGCACAAUGUGUCUUAUUGUGUCAAAAAACUGAAAAAAAAAUGUCUUAAAGAGUAAUGCACUCUUUUUUUUAAGGCAAUUCUCAUAAAUAGACAUUUUCAAGUUUUGGUCACAAAAAUAAACCAUAAAGAAGAAAAUGACCAAAAUAUUUUAUUUAAUAGGUAAAAUAACACUAAUAACCUAGAUAUAUAAAAAAUAAUUAAAAAAAAAUAAAAGAAAAAAAGAUAAAAAAUAAAAUAAAAUAAAAAGUAAAAUAAAAAAAUAAAUCGUGAUGGUGAGUAGAUUUUUUUCUCUUUUUUUGAAAAGCUCAUACUCUGAACUUAUGCAUUUUGUUUGUUUUCUUUGUGGUAUAGGAACUCUCAAGGGCGUUUAUGAUGUUAAAGAAAACUUUUUUAUUCCCACCUCGAAUGCUCCCCGUGCUGGACCGAGAAACUCAGUUUUUGGAGCUCCAACUUUGGUAAAUGCCACCAGCUCUCGAGCACCACCACCACCAAGCUCCAUGGGGAAUACGGCUGGUGGAGGCUCAAUGAGCAGGGCUUUGGUCUCUGAUGGAGGAAGUAUACUGAGCUCUACGGGGAGUAUGGGUGGUGGAGGCUCAAUGAGCAGGGCAUUGAUCUCUGAUGGAGGAAGUAUACUGAGCUCUACGGGGAGUAUGGGUGGUGGAGGCUCAAUGAGCAGGGGAUUGAUCUCUGAUGGAGGAAGUAUAAUGAGCUCUACGGGGAGUAUGGGUGGUGGAGGCUUAUUGAGCAGGGCUUUGAUCUCUGAUGGAGGAAGUAUAAUGAGCUCUAUGGGGAGUAUGGAUGGAAGUACUAAACAUAAUAGAUCAAUGAUGAUUGGGCUCCAAGGAUCCCCACAGGUUUAUUCUAUGCCUGGAAGCUCCUACCCUUCUGCUGUUGGAGGACAUUUCCAAACUCAUGUUCAAGCAAUGAACAGCCUAAGCUCUAUGAGCUUAAUGAACUCCAACUACAUGACAAGUAACAAAAAUAUAUAAACCCUUUUUGAUUCUCUCUUCUUUUUUUUUUAAUUAGUUUGAAUCAAAUAUUAACUUCCACAAUUUUUUUGGCAUAAUAUUUAGAGAGUGUUUUUGUGAUGAUCAUAUCCCUACUGAAUUAUUACUAAUCAUCUUCAUGAUCCAGUGUGAUGCUACCCCUCAUAAUGUUCAUACUUGUUUAAAAUUUUCAUGGCUUUUUUUUUUUUUUUUUUUUUUUUUUGGACAAAAAAUUUCAUGGCUUAAAUAAAUCAUUCUUUCUAUAUACCUAUCAUAAUAACUUUUUCUCACAAAAACAAAUUAACUCUUGACUAGUCAACCUAACUAUUAACAAAAAGUAAGGGUAAUUUCUUCACAAAAACCCUCUCGGAAUCCGUGAAUGUACCCCUCAGGCACAAUGUGUCUUAUUCUGUCAAAAAACUGAAAAAGUGUCUUAAAGAGUAAUGCACUGUUUUUUUUAAGGCAAUUCUCAUAAACAAACAUUUUCAAGUUUUGGUUACAAAAAUAGACCAUAAGGAAGAAAAUGACCAAUAUGUUUUAUUUAAUAGGUAAAA